ACAAGAAUGAAACAAUUUGAGUGAAUCUCGUGGAGGAGAACCUGCUGAGGUUCUGGAAGCCCAAGUUGCUUUGACAGAACCUUCAGCUCAUCUUCCUCUAGAUAAUACUCCAUAGAUUCUCUAUGUGGUUCAGGCCAGGCCUCCUUUCUGCUGUUGCCAUGGCGAUUUGAGUCUGUACCAAGGCCAGCUGGGAAAUGAAACCAGCACCUCCAUAAAGCUCAUCAGCAGACAAGAGCCUCUUCAGGUCAAUCUCCUCCAUUGGCCUUGCUUCACACUACAUGUAAAGGCUACAAAUGUUUUCCUUCCGCUUAACUUUCCUGCAAUAUGCUGCAAGGCAGCGGUCCAUGAACAUCAAGCUUCUUCAGCAAUGGAAUUUUCUCAUUUAUCUCCUUAUUUGUUUUUGUCAGCCUAAUGCAAUAACGUCCAGAGAAAGAAAAUGAAUCUACUUUGAUUAAAUCAUUCAGUUAUUAAUAAACUGUCUGAGGACCUUUUACUGUACUGACAUGCAGUCGUGUUUGCUUCUCGUUUUGUUUUUCAUUGAACCAAACAAAGUUCAAACCAAUCCUCUUUUCGUCUCUGCACAUGAGCCCGCCGUGACGCCGUGGAAACGCCUGACUUCAUAGCCCUGAUGGCGUCUAACGAGACUUUCUGAGACACUGCGGUGGCCCCCCCUAAGAAAAAACCUAGACCCGGCCCUGACCGCACUAAGUCUGAGCUGAACCAGAUGAUGCAGGAUGAGUCGGUGCUGCGUUGGGGUUAACGUGCCGCAUUGUGAAGCCUUGCAGCUCGGCUCCCGAUUGGACGUUUGUUUGAAAGUCUCUGCAGAGCCGGAGGCCGGCCGCUGAGGUGGAGCCACCCAGCAGGGGGCCUGUUCCUCCCUCAGCUCGACCUGCACUUCUGAAGCGCCUUUGAUGAGCCGCGGACACCUCCACACAUCACUGAGGCUUUCAUGGAAACGCAAACAGGAAAUACUAACGGCUCAUUCUAAUGGCUGCGCAGGGAAAUCAAGAAGCGCUGGCAGAAAAAGGGCUGAAUCUGUUCUUCUUAUCGUUACUUAUUGCCUGGUGCAUUACGAGAACAAGCUGGUUAAACAGUAAACUACAUAAAAAUAAAAUUACAAUGGUUAUUACUGUAUGUAAAUAACCCCAAAUUAACCUCUUUAUUUGUUUUUAUCUCUCUUUGGCGCUUAUUAGCUUUACUUACGUUUAUCUAAGAUUAACUUUCAGUUUUGGUGCUUGAUGCUUUUAUUUUGAAAAUUCAAUUUCCAGUCUGUGUGUUAAUGAAUGGCAGCUUAACAAGAGCGUAAGUUGGAAGACAAGCUGUUAGGGAGUUAAUAUUAUGAGUCAAAUUAUUUUGAAAGUGAGUAUGUGUUAAAUAUGGACUAAAAUUUGUUUUAUCAUAUGCUCUUUAUUUUAGACGGAGUCGAUAUUUUAAGUUGCAAACAUCACUGGUUGUAACUGUAUGAUGUUUUUGCUUUCACUGUGUUUUAUUAAACAUGAAAGUACAUCACUAAAGUCCUUCACUAGCCACAUUGUCUAAUAUUCAAAUGAACUUAAAACACAGAUUCAGACAUUUAAAGUCAACUUUAUAAGGUUGAUUUAACUAACAGAUUAUAAUUCACAUAAUUUACUCCUUGGACCCUCAGCAUCUCCAUCAACUCUUGACAGGAAGUUGUUGCAGUAAAUCAAUUAAACAAAUUAUAAAUUAAAAUUAACUCAAUGCUUUUCAUUCUGUAGAUUAAUAUUUUUGGAAGGGUAAUUUUGUUUACAGAGAAUUGAUUAUUCAUUUUAUUUAUGGUUUUGGUUGUGUGUGUGGGUUUUUUUUUUACUUCUGCUUUUAUUUGUUGUUUUAGGUUGUUGUAUUUUAUCUUGGAUAUUUAAAAUAUCUUCCAGUUCCAGUAUAAAGUUUUUAUUAAAAAUUAAAGUGGGCAUUAAAGAUGGCAUCAUGAUGUCAUCAUCAACAGAUUACCUGAAAAUGUUAUCAAAACAGAAAUAUUGUUGUUUAUCACAAUAAUUACUGGGACAAUUUAUCAUGCAGUAAACUUUUUUUAUUGUCACAAGCAUAAUUUCCCUUUCGGAUUAAUAAACUAUUUCUCAUUUUUUUAUUUAUUACUGUCUAUUUUAUAAGUUUGUAUUUUCUUAUCGUUUUUUACUAUAAUGUAACUAUUGUCAAAAAUAAAGGGAACUAAAUGCCUCACUAAAUAACAGCUGAUUUUGAACAAAACUAAGAAGACAGAGGAACAUCAUGACAUGAGCAGCACUGUGACAUCAUGUGAUGAUGUCACACCAGUUUCUUUGAAGUCAAAGUCAUCAAGGUCUCUGAAGCCUCAUUGCGGUUUGUUGAACCACUGAAAGCGUCAACGGCGACUGUUGCUACUGUUCUUUUCCACCGUUUUUGAGGAAAAAAUGGCAAAUUAUUCCCAACCAGAACUGCUGGAAUUCAAACUUUCAACCAACGAGGUGAUCGAGUACAAGCCGGACGUCUUCAUGCUGAAACUGGAGCUGGACACGCUGGGGCAGGACCUGACCACAGACAGCGACUCCAAGACGACCCUGGAGGAGUCUCAGGAGCUGAACGACUCAAUCUCUCUGAACAUGCAGAUGAUGCUGGAACAAACACUUGACGACACAUCCAGUUCCCAAGACGAGUUUAACGAGGACGACGUUUCUGACUCCCUUACUCUGAGAGGACAGGCCAUUACUUUAGGAGGAGAUCUUGGAUCGGAAGGAGAAGUGACCCACCUUCAGCUCACUUGCAAGCUGACGUGUGACGACGACGAUUCCGCCUCUCUGCAGCCGGAAAGAAGACGCACGUUGCUUCCUGCUGCAGUAGGAACGUGUGAAGAGAUCGAGUCGAUUAUGUAUAGAGAGCUGGAAGUGGUCAGAAAUUUCCACCGGAAAACCAGCUCCAAGUUCGAAACCGACGUUCUGAGCCUGCAAGGACAGCUGCGAACGUUGGAAGAGAACCUCAACAACGACAGAGCGCUCAUCAACCACCUGACGGCCGAGAAGAACGAGUUCCAGCAGGAGAUCAUGGCCCUCAAACAGAAAUGCGACGACGAUGAAAGCAGGUAUAAAACCGAGCUGGAGCGCCUGAGGAAGGAGCUUCAGAACCAGGCGGCGCUGAACGAUCAGCUCCACGUACAGAUAAAAGAGAUCAACGACAGGGCCGUUCAAAUCGAGAAGGAAGUCAAGCUGAAGAAAAAGAGCGGUUUCUGCGCCUGUCUGAGCUAGAAAUGGAAAUGAAAGGAACUAUAUCACAGGCUGCAUCUGGGAGUGGGAUUUUUUUUAAAUUCAUCUUUACUAGAUUAGAUAGAAAUAUUUUUAAAAUGUAUAUUUUUUGUGUGUGUCUGUGUGCGUGCGUGGGUUUGUAUGUGAUGGAGUGGCAGAGACUGUGAAAGACCCCAAAUUUUCAAAAGCGAGGUAGCAUUGUUAGCAUUGCAGCAUGCUAGCAUGGGUUUUCCCGGGUAUCCGGGAUUCACCCGCCUAAACCAAAGAUAUAUCCUUCCAGUUAAUUGAGUGCGUGUGUGUGUGCGUGUGUGUGUGAGUGAUGGUGUGAAUGUUUCCUCUCCGCAAAGUCGCCACCUUGUCGUGGUGGAGAGGCUUGCGUGCACCUAAAAUCGUGAGAGCGAUGAGUUAUUUAGCAAAACUCCAGAAUUAAAUUAGUCCAGG